AUGCACAACCACAUCCUCCUCUCCCUCUGCCUAUCAACCCUCCUAACUCUCACCUCCGCCUCCCAAAAAUGCUAUCUAAUGGACGGGACCUCCGCGCCAACCCUUUCUCCCUGCGAACCCCCCUCUUCCUCCACCAGCACCUCCUCGUCCCCCUCCUCUACCUCAACAACAGAAUCAACAACAAAACACUCCGCCUGCUGCCCCCUCCGCCCCACCAACGCCUCCUCUACCGCAAUCUGCCUCUCAAAAAGCGGUCUCUGCCUCUCCAGCAACGGCCUAAUCUACGAAUCGGGCUGCACAGACCCAACCUGGCAAGACAGUGCCUGCCCAUUCGUCUGCCCCGACGCGCGCUCAAACUGGAAAGGCAAGGCGCUCGAGAACAGGGACUGGAAACAAGGGCAAGUGGUAGACCAUUGGCAGGUGAUGACGUGUGCGCCGAAGAAGGUCUGUUGUCGGCGGUUCUCGGGGGGAGAGGGAUGUUGUGGGAAUCGGUCGUUGUGGAUCACGGAGUUUGAGGUUGGGAUGCCGAGGUUUCGGGUUUGGGAGGGGGAGGGGGUGGAUGAGAGUCUUGAUGGGAGUCUUGGUGGGGAUGGGGAUGGAAAUGCGACGGUGACGGGGGGUCGAGGGGGUGCGACUGCGACGGGGAGUUGUGAUAGUGAGAGUGCCGGUGCAGAGGGGAAGGAAGUGUGUCGAGAGGCAACGGUGGGUGCGGCCGUUGGGGCACCGCUGGGGGCAGCGUUCGUGGCGACGUUGGCGGCGUUGGCGUGGGCGAUACGCAAGCAGAAGAUCACCGAGAAGAGGCUAAGGGGGGUGGAAGCGCAGGUGCAGACGCAGCCUCCGAGUCUGGUAUCGUCGCCGGGAUACUAUAAAGAGGACGGGGCACGGCAGGUGCAGAGACUGGGGAAUCAUGCGGAACUGGAUGCGAUAAGGCAGUACGAGUUGGAUGGGAGGCCGAGUGCAUAG